GUCCAACGAACGCUUCACGUUCUGCACAACUCCGAGCAGCCAGCGUCGGCGUUCGCGAUUCUAGAAUCGGGAAACAAGGUUGUCCCGCUGAUAGCGGACGGCCUGUUCGACCUAUUGAUGUACAAGAUGUCGAGCGUCUACACGAACAAAAUGCAGAAGAUGGAGUCGAAGGGGCCGCGUUUCGAGAUCGGCGACUUCUGCGUGAAACUCGGCAGCGUGACGAUCAAUCAGAACUUCAAAGGCGUUUUGGUCGAGGUAAACGUAUACGAUGUUGUCCACGAUAAACCGAAACCGAGAUUGAUGACCCUCGGACGUCCAAGCGGUUCUCGUCUUUCCCCAGAAAAUGUGGAGUAUAGACCGUGUGUCGUGCCCGGAAGUGCAUGGGAAUUGAUGCGCGAAUUUUUGCAGGGGUUCCUCGGAUCUACCGUGUCCAAUCAAGCGCCACAAUAUUUGCAGGUAAUAUAAUAAAUAACACGUAUUUCAGAAAAAUAGGACGUCAGUAGUUUUCUAGUGGGAAAGAAAAAAAAAUAAAAAUCAUUUAUCUUUUUACAGAACCGAAUGAACGAUAUUUACCAACCGUUGGAUACAAUACAGCAAUAUCUAGAACACUUUGGUCAAUAUAGGAAAGCUACUGGUGUAAUU